AUAAUUCACGCCGUUCCCUCCCGUGAUGCACUGCGUGGAGGAGCAUGGCCGACUCUUGUCCAGGAGUGUCACCCAGAUGAGAAUGAAUGUGCCUUUUUUUGUGACAUAUCAGCUGACAUUCCUUUAAGAAAAACACAAUCCAACAUCCAAGUCUGUGAAGUCGCUUCGUGUAGCCGAGCUGUGAGGAGCCCAACGAGUCCCUGCGAGUGUUUCCGCAGAACCUACCUGUGACCUGUACCUGCCGACCAGAGCCAAGAUGGCAGGAGUUGUAGCCAAGCGUGAGGGACCACAGUUCAUCAGUGAAGUAGCUGUGAGGGGCAACGCCGCCGUACUGGACUACUGCCGCACCUCCGUAUCAGCCCUGUCCGGAGCAACAGCCGGCAUCCUGGGCCUGACUGGACUGUAUGGCUUUAUUUUUUAUUUCCUGUCUGCGUUCCUUCUCUCCCUGUUGCUCAUUCUCAAGGCCGGACGGCGGUGGAACAAAUGCUUUAAAUCAAGACGGCUGCUCUUCACCGGGGGCCUCGUCGGAGGUCUUUUCACUUACGUCUUGUUCUGGACUUUCCUCUACGGGAUGGUGCAUGUGUACUAAAAUGAUCUGCCACAAAUAACCCUGAAUUUAACCCUUUCUAAUGCUACGUAAAUCAAUAAUAUUGUCUGUCCUGCUGUUUGUAGAUACGCCCUUAGUGAAAGAAUUUUUGAAUUUUUCCAUUUUAAACUGUUAAUCAAAAGGAGGAUGUGUCAAUUAUAGUACACAAAAUAAAAUGUCAUCUUCUCCUUCCUGUUCCACACUUAACAGUGACUAUGAACUUAUUUAAUCUGUAACUCUUCCUCUUUGCUCAGACCAGGAUAAAAGCAGUUAUGAUAAUGUAGGCUGUAGUGUAACAUAGAUCAAAACAGACACACCACUUGUACACACUUGCCAUUACAUUUUAUGUACAAUACUGUGUUUAAACACCUCUGAUACCUGAUUGAAAUAAAUACCUCUGUACAACUA